UUUCUUUUAUUUCCCGCGUUCUGAAUAAGCAAUCAGCUAUAAUUUGUACAAAACGAAGCCAAACCGCUCUUGUCAAGAAUAAAAUUUUUGCCUAAUCAUUUAUACUUAAUUUAAAAUGGAGCUGCGCCACGGUCACGGAGAAGUGGGAUCCGAUUUUAAUCGACAUGACUUAAAUCUUACCAGCACGGGAAGAGGACAUUAUUAUUCAAAGGGUUAUUACUUUCCACCGUCCAAUUUUCAAAGAACAAUCAAUGAUGAGUUGCCUCCCCCACUCACAGCACAGGACAAAGUAACCCCCAAUGACCAAGUUAUAAACCACUAUGAUACUACCACAGGUACCACACACAACUUUAAACAUAUAGGGGGUGUGUUGGCCCACCCAAGCUACAAGAAAUCACCAGGUUCAUGGAAAGUUCAUUACGUCAAAGACAAUGUGGAGAAGUUGAAAGUUAGAGAAUGGAGGCGACCGCUUACCAUGGGGUUUCAAUCUUCAGAAAUGAAAGCAAAAUACACUGGAGACCGUGGUUUAUCUCUUGACACCAAUUUCAAAGCUGGACCUCAACCUUUUAACUUGUCCCAACACCAUAAAAGUGGUCCUUCCCAGAAAGUGAUAGCAAGCACACAAAACAAAGCCAUGUCUGCAAAACCUUUCUUUAUUCGUGAUAAAGGAACACUCAGUUUGAAUGAUAUGUAUUUCAGCUCCGCGCAGAAAGCAUACCGGUCAUUUAAGAGAGAGGAACUGUUGGAUUACCCAAAAAAAGACGCCCCAACAUACUGGGAGUGUGAGGAAUACCCCAAAGCUUGGGGACAUGGGUCAAAAUUAAACCCCCUACCCAAAGAUUCAGUUCCACGAGAGCGCCCACCACUGCGAGACCCAACCUGGUUCCCAUCAGCUUCAAAAAUUCCACGACUUCCCAAACCAAUGGUUCCAGUGCCACACCAAGGUUUAAACACAUUGGUGGCAGAAUCAUACAAGAAACCAUCUGAUGUUAAAGUCAAAGAAAUUUUCUCAUGUCCAGUAAACACGCCAUGGGUGAUUGCAAAACCAGGUUCGAAAGAGAUUAUGUCCGUCCCGAAAAUGUACAAGACAGAGUACAUGACGUAUGGGGGACAGCGGCCGGUAACUGUCACGUAAUUGCUACUUUGUGGGGAUUAGAAAGAAAUUUCAGGCUCAAUUUUUGAAACUGUGUUGUAUUGUAUCUGGUAAAACAACUAACUUUUCGGGCAUCAUUAAAACAAGCUUUUAUGACUUUAAACGAAAAUAAACAAGAGUAAAAUAUAAAAAAA